AGUCAAACCAUACCACUGACCGAGCGCACUUGACGAGGAGCAGAAAUGUGUUGAGCGGGGCAGCUUGACCCGCUGUGGGGGGUGAAAAAGUGGUGGUUUUGUGACCGUGUGUGGAUUCUACGCCGCUUCGAAAAUGAUGCGCUUCCUGCUGCUCUUCAGUCGCCAGGGGAGACUGCGUCUGCAGAAGUGGUUCACGCCAAUGACUGAACGUGAAAAGAAGAAGAUCAUCAGGGACAUGACUACCUUGGUGUUGGCACGGCAACCGCGUAGCUGCAACUUCAUCCAGUGGAAAGACCUCAAGAUUAUUUACAAGAGAUAUGCAAGCUUAUAUUUCUGCCUGGGCGUAGAAAACCAGGAGAAUGAGCUGCUAGCCUUAGAGGUGAUCCAUCGAUAUGUGGAGCUCCUGGACAAAUAUUUCGGCAAUGUGUGUGAGUUGGACAUAAUCUUUAACUUUGAGAAGGCCUACUUUAUCCUGGAUGAGUUUUUAAUGGGAGGGGAGAUACAGGAGACCUCCAAGCAGAUGGUGAACCGCUCCAUCGAAGCCUCAGACAUGUUACAGGAGGAUGACAGCAGUGAGUGGUAUGAGGUGGAGCUGUUUGGAUGACCUUGAAUAUGGACAGACAGACUCUGGAAGAGUACAUGAGCAAACCCGCCUUUUAAAAAAAAAAAAGGAAA